AUCCUCCCUCCUCCCCUCAACCGCUCCCUGCCUCAUUAAACGAUUACAUGUGAUAAAAAUACGUGUAAACGCGAUACAAGUACGUGUAAAUAUUUAAAAAACCUCGCUGCAAUUCAGUUAUCGCAUUAACCAGUAAAAUAACUAAAGAAAAACUGAGAAAAACAUACAAAGUUAGAACGAGACGUGUACGGUACAGGAUCUGUACGCCCCACCUCGUUUUCCACUGUAAACAGGAGUCGCGCCGUGAGCCCACAUCUGGCCAGUCAACUGCGCCAAGUAGCAAGAUAUUAGAAGCUGAGGUGGCUAGACUAGACCGUUAACCUUACUGAACGGAACUGAGACUGUCGUGUUCAACAUAGAUUUUCUCUUCUACUCUACCUUAAGCCCUUGGAAAGUGGCUGUUCACUGACCGCGGAAGAUGGAGACUCUUCUUGAAAACUACAAAACCUGGCGUACGAGUUUUCUCCUUCAACAGUUUGCGGGUCUCAUGUUAAACAGCGACGAAAACAACAUCAACAAGAUGCUGUCUAGGUUUCGUGGAGCAUUAAGAAGUGAAAUGCAGGACGUGUUGUCUCGUUUUGGACCCGAAGAAGAGGACGAAGACAUGUUUGCCUAUUUGUGGUCCUUGGAAGCGGCUCAUAUUCACCUCAAGCCUCACUUCCCCUCUCACGAGAAAUCCGGAGUGAGGGCCAAAAAUCUCCAAGAAGAGGGCUUAGUUUCAGCGUGUAGAGGAGACCACCAAAGUGCCCUGAUUAAAUUUAACCAAGCAGUCUCGAACGCCCCUAGUCCUGGCCAGGUCGCUGCUACAGGAGGAGGAGGAGGAGCUUGUGCACAGGGAUCGAGACCAGACCAAACUCUUGCUGCUUGCUAUGCCAGCCGUUCUGAAAUCCUCUUCAGAUUAUUGUUUUUUGACCACUGUCUUAAAGACAUAGAAAGGGCAGUCCAGGCAGGGCAUUCACGCAAGGCUGAACUUGCGAAGAGGAAAAAGAAAUGUCUUCAAGCUAUAGACAGAGAAACUGAUUUACCCUUUGUUAGGGAGGCAGUGCGGUUUCGUGGUCGGCCGACAAAGGAAACUUUCCACGAGAGGUUCAAACUCUACCAACAAAGUCAACUCGGUGGCCUAUGUUUAUCCGAAGGAUUCCGGAAAUCGCUGUUAACCGAAGAAGAGAUUCCAAAAUGCAGUCUCAGUGAACCUCACCCUACCAUUCCGACCAUGAGCAGCGCUGUCACACUGGCCUACACCCCAGCUAAGGGCAGGCAUAUACUGGCCGCUCGGGAUAUCUUCCCUGGUGAAUUGUUGUUUUUGGAAAAUAAUUUCUCCAGUUCUUUGAGCGUAGAAAGUUACAAGACCCGCUGUCUCACGUGUGCAUCACAGUGCUGUGCCUCUCUACCUUGCCCCAAUUGUUGCUUUGUUAUGUUCUGCAGUGAGGAAUGUAGAGAACAAGGCCUUGCUGAUUUCCACAAACAAGAGUGUGAGAUUUUGCCAGCUCUAGCAUCCUUCAGCGAUGAUGCACCGACCACUUUAGUCUUUAGGAUACUGAUGAAGCUGACAUUCCCUCGCCUCAAGGAAUUGCUGCCCAUUCUGAAGCACGAGGAAGAGACGCUGCCCCCUGAGAAACGUGGAUUUAAUGAGGACGGCAUAUAUGAUGCAGAGGACUUCCGGGUGAUAUAUCAUUUGUGCACUAACAAGCACCAGCUGUCAAGUUUGUCGAUUCUUGGAACGUGCACCGUGGCUUUCGUAGUUACCAAGAUACUGAUUGCCAGUAAGAAGUAUUUUGUAGACGGCCACGGGAAUCCCAUAUCCCCAAGUGAAGAGGAUAUCGCUCUUGUUGGGGGCACUCUGGUGAGGAUCCUAAUGGCAGUGGACACCAACAGCUUUUGUCUCAAGGAACUACAGGUCUCCUAUAAUCGUAAUAGGGACGUCUGCAAAACCGAUGUGGGAAUGAAACUCUGCUCUACUCUUAGUUUAUUGAACCACUCCUGCAACCCAAGCGUCUACUCGAGUACUGGAAGUGGCACUAGUACCUCGAGAGCCAUCCGGUUCAUCCCAGCCGGCCAAGAGGUGACGACUUGCUAUGGCAUCACCUAUUACGACCUCGAGAAGAGCGAGCGAUGGGGGCGUCUGAAGGAAUAUCAUUUCACCUGUUGUUGCGAGGCCUGUGAGAAUAACUGGCCGAGAAAGGGUGAGCUCCCAUCCAAACUGCUGAUGAAGUGCUUGGGAUGUUCAAAACCAGUCAGUUGCAGUUCAGGCAAGUGUACCAAGUGUGACAAAGACGAAGGCGGAUCUGGAAAUGGAGACGGGUCUAACCUAAGGAAAAGGAACCAAGAAAUCGGAAAACAAAUCUCUGAUGCAAUGAAGAAUUACCAUCACGUCCGCAACAGCGAGAGGUUCUUGGAUAGAAAUGAUGAGAAAGACAUUGAGGUCAUCAGUAAAGUUAUUGAACUUAUGGACAAGUAUGUGGUUCUGCCUUGUAAGUUCUAUUACGACGCCCAACAGGCACUGCAGAUAUACUAUAACAGAGAAAGGAAGUUCACUUACGUCACUUCUGGUUCUGAAAAUAUGCUCUCUAACUAUUACUGGGCUCCGUUACCGUGAACGGGAGUGGCCAGCACACAACCAGUCAGAACCUUCGAAGUUGCUUCAGUAAGAAAAUGUUUAACAGUUCCUUUUUAUGUACAUUUACUUGCAUCACAAAAAUUGUAAAAUGUUCAACCAUAAACACUAAGAACAUGUAGCAUUUUGUUUUUUUCAGUUGCCGGAGAUGAAUAAUAUGUUUCUUAGUUAAAUCAUUGAAAUCUUGACAAUUCUGAUUUUUUGUGAAUUGCUACUGGCAAAGUUUAGAUUUAGUGUCGCUAAAGUAUUAAAAAGUGCCCUUCAUUUUGAUUUUCUUUAUUUUUUCUUAUAGACUACAUUACCUUUAGGAAAUACAUGUUUCUUUUAGUUCAGGCUUUCAGAAUAUUCAGGAUUAUGCAAAGUUAUAUUCUUUUAGAUGUAUGGCUAAGGUUUGGGUACACAUCUUGCCAAAGAAUUUACAGUUCAGUUCCUUUUGUUUCCGUUUCGUAGUAUGAUAACGGUUCCCACUUUGCAGUGAUCUGAUGUAUGAUAAUCAGUCUUAUAAUUUAAGGAAUAUUAUCACAUGUCAGUAAUCAAACAACUUCAAUUGGUUGUUGGAAAGUUACAGUCGUUUAGGUAAGCCACCCACUUCGGUGUUGUAAUCCGAUCUUUCCAAUUGCUUUACUUGCUUUUAUUUGUGACUUUUGCAAUUUUUUGUGACCUUUAAAUCACCUGUAGACAGAACGAUGUGUCUGUCUGUCAGGAGCUUUUUGCACAUUUUUUUAGGUCAUUGUUAUUAAUUAUUGCGCGGGGUCAAGUUUCUGAUUGACCAAGUGAGGUUAGCCAGUUUUUUUUCCGUUGAUUUUUGAAUUAGGACCCCUUUAUACAGACAUUUAGUUGAUAAGCAAAUUUUCAAAAUGUUUUAGACUGAUUACAAGGUUUUUAUAUACCGAUUAUAAAGUAAUCUGUACACUGCGAAAUAAACAGCACGUGUGAA